GAAGAAAGAAAGAAAGAAAAAAAAAACUUCUACCUCGGUUCGUUGGUCUCUCUCUCUCUCUCUGCGCUGCGAUCUUUCUCUCUAGAAACUCUGAGGAGGGUUGAUAUAGCGAUAUGGAUACUAGGAGGCGUGAAAGUAAGAAGGAAGCAAGUAGUAGAGAGAAACGGAUUUAUGAGAAAGAUCAGAUGAAUCAAGAGUCUUUUAUUGAGGGAUUAGCUGAGGAGUUUCGAUUACCGAUUACACAUAGGGUUACUGAAAAUGUUGAUUUGGAGGAUGUGGAGCAAGCGUCGUUAGACACAAAGAUAUCUUCGUCCAAUGUGGGGUUUCGUCUUCUUCAGAAAAUGGGGUGGAAAGGAAAAGGUUUAGGGAAGCAAGAGCAAGGUAUAACGGAGCCUAUAAAGUCUGGUAUCAGGGAUCGAAGACUCGGUUUAGGAAAACAAGAAGAAGAUGAUUAUUUCACUGCAGAGGAAAAUAUCCAAAGGAAGAAACUUGAUAUUGAGAUUGAAGAGACUGAGGAAAUCGCAAAGAAACGGGAGGUCCUAGCAGAACGUGAGCAGAAGAUCCAGAGCGAUGUUAAAGAAAUCCGUAAAGUCUUCUAUUGUGAACUCUGCAGCAAACAAUAUAGAACAGUGAUGGAGUUUGAAGGUCACUUGAGCUCUUAUGACCACAACCAUAAGAAGCGAUUCAAAGAAAUGAAAGAAAUGCACGGUACAAGCAACCGUGAUGAUAGGAAGAAGCGAGAGCAGCAGCGUCAAGAGAGAGAAAUGACUAAAAUGGCUGAUGCUCGUAAACAACAGCAGAUACAACAGAACCAACAAGAAGGCCCAGAGAAUGCCCCUGUUUCUACACCAGCUAAAACCACGGUUGCACCACUUGCUGUCCAGGAUCAGCGAAAAACAUUGAAGUUUGGCUUUUCUUCUAAAAGCGGCAUUAUAUCAAAGAGCCAACCCACAAGCAGCAUCAAGAAGCCAAAAGUAGCAAUUGCAUCAGUUUUUGGCAAUGAUAGCGACGAAGACUAAGUUCGGGAAAAUUGUACUCUUAUGUAACUCUUUAUUUUAUGGUUCUUUACACAGAUUUAAAACACACAGAAACUGGUCUGAAAAACAACUUUACAGAAAUUUUGUUACAUGUGUUUGCCCUCUUUA